UCACGGCCUGGUGCAACUCCCACCUGCGCAAGGCAGGGACACAGAUUGAGAACAUUGAAGAGGACUUCCGGGAUGGCCUGAAGCUCAUGCUGCUCCUGGAGGUCAUCUCAGGCGAACGCUUGGCAAAGCCAGAGAGAGGCAAGAUGCGAGUGCACAAGAUCUCCAACGUCAACAAGGCCCUGGAUUUCAUAGCCAGCAAAGGGGUCAAGCUGGUAUCCAUCGGAGCCGAAGAAAUCGUGGACGGGAAUGUGAAGAUGACCCUGGGCAUGAUCUGGACCAUCAUCCUUCGUUUUGCCAUCCAGGACAUCUCGGUGGAAGAGACAUCAGCUAAAGAAGGGUUGCUCCUGUGGUGUCAGCGGAAGACAGCCCCAUAUAAAAAUGUCAACAUCCAGAACUUCCAUAUCAGUUGGAAGGAUGGUCUUGGUUUCUGUGCCUUGAUCCACCGACACCGGCCUGAGCUGAUUGACUAUGGAAAGCUGCGGAAGGAUGAUCCACUCACAAACUUAAACACAGCCUUUGAUGUGGCAGAGAAGUUUUUGGACAUCCCUAAGAUGCUGGAUGCUGAAGACAUCGUCGGAACUGCCCGGCCGGAUGAGAAAGCCAUUAUGACUUAUGUGUCUAGCUUCUACCAUGCCUUCUCGGGAGCCCAGAAGGCGGAAACCGCAGCUAAUCGCAUCUGCAAAGUGUUGGCUGUCAAUCAAGAGAACGAACAGCUUAUGGAAGACUACGAGAAGCUGGCCAGUGACCUGCUGGAGUGGAUCCGCCGCACCAUCCCGUGGCUGGAGAACCGGGUGCCCGAGAAGACCAUGCACGCCAUGCAGCAGAAGCUGGAGGACUUCCGAGACUACCGGCGCCUGCACAAGCCGCCCAAGGUGCAGGAGAAGUGCCAGCUGGAGAUCAACUUCAACACGCUGCAGACCAAGCUGCGGCUCAGCAACCGGCCCGCCUUCAUGCCCUCCGAGGGCAGGAUGGUCUCG